UGCGUGCUGGUCGUGCAUAACGCGUCUCUUCUCUGUCUCGCAUUUCAAUUUGUUGUUAACACAUUUUCGUUACGUUACGCAAUAAACAAGAACAGCAACAAACACACACAACAACGACAAUAUGCAGCAAAAGGCCGAUGAGAAAAUGGAUCCAUUGAUGCGCAUCCAGGAGGAGAUCAAGGAGGUGGUGCGUCGCGAGGAGGAGUACCGUCAGCUGGCUACGGUUGCCGCCCUAACAGCCACGCCUCCAAUCAAAGUGGAGCCCGCCUACGAGGCGAACUAUGCUAAGCUUAAUGGCAAUGCCGGCGAACUGGAGACGGAACAGGAUCAGGAUCAGGAUCAGGAUCAGGAUCGGGAUGAGGUCGACCAGGGCGUUCUGGUCACCGCACAGCCGGCGGCAGUCACCGCGCUGCUGGUGCCCAGCGAUGAGCAGUCGCCUUCGCUGGCCUCCAGCGUGAACAGCAACAGCCACAAGGAGGAGAGCCUGGACGAGCAGCACUCGGAUGACUCCGGCAUAUCUGCCUCCUCGCUAAAGACCAACAACAACAACAACAACAGCAACAGCAACAAGGCUGGUCUAAAGCUGAGCCUGGUGGCCAGACAGGAGUCGCGCUACAUUGGACCCAAUUGCUACAAUUUGACGCCGGAGCCGCCGCAGCAGAAGCUGAUGACGCGCAGCCCCGCCCCGACCCAGGCCCAGCAGCUGCAGCAGCAGAAGCGCCAGUUCGCCUUCCAUGGCGCCACCAAGGGUGUCAUGCAGCGCUUCAUUGCCUCCCACGGCAAGCUGCAGCUGGGCAGCGUUGGGACCGGCAACGUUGUCCAGCUGUCGCCAUUGACGCCCAAUGGUAACAGCCCGGGCCUCAAGCUGAAUACGCGCAAUGCGCUCGCCUUUCUCGAGUCCGGCAGCAGCUCGCCGCUGGCCCUGAACAACAAUCACAACAACAACAACAAUAACAACAACAACAACAGCACCCUCUCGCAGGGCGCCAUCGAGCGGGACUCGGAGGGCAGGCCUCUGAGACGUGGCUAUGUGCCCGUCGAGCAGAAGAUUCAGCGCGAGCUGCAGGACCUGAAAUCACGCGAGUCGGAGCUGAAGCGUUUGCGCAAACUCAACCGACAGCAUAUGCUGGAAAAGCUCCAACUGAGCACCGACGACGAGGCCGAUGCGGAUGACGAUGACGACGACUCCGAGGUGGAGCACUGCUACGGACCAGGCAAAUUGCGCAAUGCACAAUCUACACUGGAGCUGGAGAGAGAGAGCAACGACCUGGAGCUGAUGGGCCACAAGUCUUUGGGUAAUCGCAGCCUGAACGCCGCCGCUGUCCUUUCGAAUGGGGGCAAUAAUGCCCUGACCACAACUGGCUCCAGCUCGUUUGGCAUGCGGCCGGCCAUGUCCCUGGCCGAGCUCUGUGACCUGACGCCGGAGGAGGCGCCCUCCUCGCAUCGGCUCAUCGCGCAGUGGGAGAGCCUGAUCAAGAAGAAUGCGGAGGGCAUUGAGGCGGCCAUCUAGAGAGCUCGCGGCGACCAAAGCACACCAAAUUAUUAUUGUAAUGUCCCAAGCACUAAACAAAAUCCAACCCCCGCCCCCAUUCCUACAACCCUAAAGGUCCUUUAACAAACAAGAAUAAUUUUUUUUUUUUUUUUUUGUAAACCCAAGUUGGGCUGAUAUAUAACGUAUAUAGCAUUGGGUCGAACGGGAUCCAUGCGUAUACGAUCAACGAAUUAGUAUUUUUAAAAGGCAUGUACUUAAAACAAUUGUGUUUCUGUAAUUUAUGCAAACGUGUAUGUAAAAAUUCUUGAGAUCUGUUGUAAAUAAUUCUUCGUGUUUCAAGUGCAAGUUUCGGCCCCGACUGUUCUAUAUAAUUUAUUGAAUAUAACCUUACCUACAUAUAUACGCGUUCAUAUAUGUAUACAAUAAUACCAUACAAACAUACGUAUUUAUGAUAUGCGAUAACAAUUUUGCGAAAAAC